AAUAACUCUACAAUCGAAUCGCUCAUUCGUGAGGAGAGUAAAAUAUACAGAGACAUUAUCCAGGAUGAUUUCCCUGAAUCUUAUGGUAAUGUCUACUUAAAGACACUUAUGGCAUGGAAGUGGAGUUUGGAGUUUUGUGCCAAUGUGGAAUAUGUUAUGGUAUUAAAUGAUGAACUUUUUGUUGACCAGUUCAAACUUGUGUCAUUUCUUCAUUAUGAUUUGUCUCAAGUUGAUUAUGAUAAUCAUUUUGCACUUUGUUAUUGUCUUGGCGGCAAAAAGUCUGAGCAUAAUAAAUACAAAAGAUUCCGUGAUCUUGGUCAGAAAAUGUUGUACCAAGGGAAGUACUAUCCUAAAUUUUGUCAUGGUGUUGGGUACGUAGCACAUAUUAGUGUAAUCCGCAAACUCUAUCUGGCAUCAUUGCAAAACAAAAUGCUUAUGCCUGAUGAUGUUUGGAAUGGUGUAUUGGCAGAAAAGUUAGGCAUUGCCCUAAAUUGUCGAAAUGAGCUAUUUCAUGUAACCAGAUCUUAUCGUUCCCUUUUGAAGACAUAUCUGCAAUCCCCGCUCCUUGUGUCAAUAUGUGACCAGUUUAGACCUAUGCCAACAGCGCCCUGUAUGCGGCAAAUGUAUGACUCAAUUUACAAACUGAGAAGUGAUAGUAAAGUCCGUUAUAGGUUUGAAUAACAUAAAGAACAAACGGUCUUAUCAAGAGAUUCUGACGUUUAAUUAGGGUCUAUUUAUUACCAGUAUUGUUAUGAACGGUAUUAUUAUUAUUAUUAUUAUUAUUAUUAUUAUUAUUAUUAUUAUUAUUUUAUGUUUGACUUUUGCUUUGCAUUUGUACAAGUUGGAUCCAAGUCUCACCCAGAGACCUCAAGAGACAACAAGCUAGAAGUCAUGUAGGUGUUAUGCCUAGGGUACCAUAUAUUUGGAUUUGUACAUAGUGUUGUUCUAGAGAAUGUUUAAGAAACCAUAAGAAAAUUAUGUGUUUGUUUUAAAAUUUGAGAUCACA